AUGUCUACCGCCGCUCCCGCAGAUGGCGGAUCUGAUACCUCGAAGUUAAAGGAAAAGGCGAAGAAUCCUUUUUCUAGUCUGCGACAGAAAUUACACGAUACCAAACUUCAUGAUGUGAAGGUGGGUUUGAUACAGAAGAAGCAUCAGAUUGGCAAACUAGGAAAUUUGUUUAAUCCAAAUCACCGUCAUGACGAAGAACAUGAGAAGAUUACAGAUGAGAAGAGAUCGAGGAUCGCCGAAUCUCAUCGUUUCGAGUCUUUCGCACCAGAAAGACCGGGAAAUAAUAUAAAGUGGUAUGUUGAUGGAAGGGAUUACUUUUGGGCUGUAUCUGCUGCGCUCGAGUCUGCGAAAGAAACCAUAUAUAUUGCGGAUUGGUGGUUAUCUCCUGAACUUUUCCUGCGAAGACCCCCGUAUUACAAUCAACAAUGGCGGUUGGAUCAAAUUCUCAAGCGCCGGGCAGAAGCUGGAGUUAAGAUAUUCGUUAUUGUUUAUCGAGAAGUUGAGGCUGCCCUUACUUGUAAUUCUCAACAUACGAAACAUGCUCUCCAAGCUCUAUGUCCCGAAGGUACUCCAGGAUAUGGCAAUAUUCAGAUUAUGCGACAUCCCGAUCACAACGUUCUCGAGAAUGCUGCCGAUAUGACUUUCUACUGGGCUCAUCAUGAAAAAUUCAUUGUGAUCGAUUACAAUUUGGCAUUUAUUGGUGGUUUGGACUUGUGUUUUGGAAGAUGGGAUAAUCAUCAACAUCCUCUCGCCGAUAUACACCCCGAAGGAGUCGCAACCGAAGUAUGGCCAGGACAAGAUUUUAACAAUAAUCGUAUCAUGGACUUUCAAGAUGUGAAAGAUUGGAAAGCUAAUGAAUUAUCAAAAGCUGAGUUUGGACGUAUGCCGUGGCAUGAUGUUGCUAUGGGUGUUGUCGGAGACUGCGUUUAUGAUAUUGCGGAACAUUUCGUUUUGAGGUGGAAUUUUGUCAAGCGAGACAAAUAUAAACGUGAUGAUCGUUUUGACUGGUUGAUUCUUGAGGGUAGAGAUGGUGAGAAUGAAGAUUUGGUGGGAGUUCAAAGACCGAAACAUCCUGUUGGAGAAUAUGUCGGACAUCCACUUACACCAUUGAGUACAAAGUCAUUAGGAGAGCAAGGAACUGUUCAUGCUCAAAUCGUUCGAAGUAGCGCCGAUUGGUCCAGUGGUAUUGUUCCGGAACACAGCAUUCAAAAUGCCUAUAGUGAACUGAUCAGAAACGCUCAACAUUACGUCUAUAUUGAGAAUCAAUUCUUCAUAACAGCAACUGGCGAUCAACAAGCUCCAAUCAGAAAUACGAUUGGAAGAGCAAUUGUUGAUGCUGUUGUCAGAGCUGGAAAGGAGGGUAGAAAGUUUCGAGUCAUCAUUUUAAUUCCUUCCAUUCCAGGCUUCGCUGGUGAUCUUCGAGAUGAUGCAGCCUUAGGAACGAGAGCCAUUAUGGAUUAUCAGUAUAAAUCUAUCUGUCGAGGCGAACAUUCAAUAUUCGAGCAAAUCAGAAAGGAAGGUGUCGAACCAGAAGAACAUAUAUUUUUCUUUAACCUACGAUCUUAUGAUCGUUUGAACGUCACUCCAGCAGUCAAGAAGCAAGAGGAAGAAUCUGGUGUCAAGUACCAAGAUGUACAGAGAGCCGAGGCAGAGGAAAUUAUGUCCUCGGGUAUUCAUGGUCCUGGAGUUGAAGAGGUUGACAAGCAUGACCAAUUGAAGGAUAAGGCUAAAGAUGCUUUACAUCACGAUGAUUCUGGAGACGAAUCUCAGGAGAGAAAGACUGAUGCUAAGAGAAAGUUCGAAGCAAAGGCAGAAGCAGCCGGGACAGAUAAACAACCAACCAGUACUGAUAGUGUAGCUAAGAAUGCUAUGCACAUGCAACCUAAUUUGGUUGAUGAGCCAUGGGAGGGUGAUCUUAAAGGAGAAGCCGACAAUUGGAUUCAAGAAGAACUAUAUAUCCACGCCAAAAUCCUCAUUGUGGAUGACAGAACAGUUAUUUGCGGAAGCUCAAACCUCAACGAUCGUUCACAACUCGGUAUUCAUGAUAGUGAACUCUCCAUUGUCAUGACUGAUACGAGAACGUUUCCAAGUACCAUGAAUGGUCAACCAUACGAAGCAGGUUAUCAUGCAGCAACUUUGAGGAAAUAUCUCUGGCGUGAACAUUUAGGUUUACUUUUGCCACAAGAAUUGGAUGCGGAUGAUGAUCCUAAUGCUCAACCUCCUCAUGUUCCGAAUGAUAUUCAUGAGGGUGAGACAUAUCAAUUUGUGGAAGAUCCAUUGAAUGAUGAAUUAUGGGAUAUGUGGACUAGUAGAGCGACAAAGAAUUCUCAAAUGUUUAGACAGUUGUUUCAUGCUGAUCCGGAUAAUUUUGUCAAAACCUUCGAUGAUUACGAUAAAUUCUUACCCGCAAAGGGAAUUCGCUCAGGUCAUAUCUAUGAUCGUAUGAUUCCUCCAGAGGAAAUCCGUCAGAAAUUGGAUCAGAUAAAGGGACAUUUGGUUUGGAUGCCGUUGGAAUUUUUAAAGGAUGCGCCGAUGGCGGAGACGGGGUUGCAGGUUAAUAGUUGGACGGAGAGUAUUUAUACAUGGAAUGGGGAGGAGGAAGAGGAAGAGGAAGAGGAAGAGGAAGAGGAAGAGGAAGAGGAAGAGGAAGGGGAGGGGAGAGAGGAAGGGAGAGGGGAAUGUGGAUGUGGUGAUGAUAUCUAG